CGCUCGGUCAACACCGGGUGCGCCUCUCUCUCUCUCUCUCACUCACUCACUCCCUCUGGCUCUCUCACAUACACACCCACAACGCCUCCUCCUCUCUCUCCCUCUCUCUCUCUCUCGUGUUCGCGAGCUGGCUAACUGGCUUCGCUAUCUCGACGCAAAACCUGAGAGCUUGUUCUUACUGGCGCUCGAACCCACAGAAGAAAAUACCAAGACGGGUGAGAGUUUUUGCGUGUAUAAGACAGCGAUUCUCCUGCACUCACUCACGCACAAACUCAAAAGACAAAAAUAGAGAGAGAAAGUUAUAUUAAUUCGCAACUUUUACUGGGUUUUAAUGUGUGAGUAAUUCUGAUAUUUCACGACUCUCGCUCGGCAAAAACUCAGAGAAAAAGAAAAACAAAAAUAUUCACUGCAGUUAGGCGUUUGUUGUGUGCGGGAUGUUGGAUACAGUCACAGGUGAAGGAAAAUGACACACCUGUCCUGGGUCUAGACGUAAGAAUUGUGGUAAUCAGUGACUUGUGUUGUGUGAUGAUGAUAGUAAUUGAUGGUUUGUGAUGAAUCUGGACAAAUGAUCGUCCUUACCUGGCAUGAAGUCGCUAAUCAACACAGGUGCGACGAAUCUCACCUAAGAUGACAUCGGCGACACAUAAUAAGUGUAAAGACGUGGAAUUUGACCUCUGUUGACCUCGUAAAUAAGAGGGUUACCUUGAGUUUGUUUUAGCAGUGAAGAUAUAUAAUUUAAAAGACCAGUGACAGUGAUUCUGAUUUGACUUGACCCCCGAAUGACCUCGUAUGGAUAUGAAAAAAAAGCUGACGUGACCUGACUUAAAAUCUGCCCUCGCCUGAAGCAUUUCUCCCAUCUGUGCACCGGAACAAAGUCGAGGAAAAUUCGUGUACGGUAUAUUAAUUCUCAUAAAGGUGUAUUGAUGUACGUGUGUGUGUUAUCAAUAUCAACCGUGUAGGAAGUCAAGGCGAGUUAGAGAGAGAGGUCAAAGGUCAAAGAGAACACAGAAGUAACACAGUGACACUUACCCAGGUAUUGUCUCAUCAAUCGGUCUCGUCACCUGAGGAAAAAGAAGACAGUGAUUGUGAUGAAAACUGACGAUGUAAUGAAGAAAAUUUCCUUUUAACAAAUAGAAAAACUAAUGCCCAGAAAUAGUGAUAAUUAAAACAGUGAACAUUGAUUACCUACGAACACCUGCUCCAAGGUAAUAGUUAUCAGAUAAUAUACUAACUAAAAUUACAUAAUAUACUGUAUAUCAUAUAGUGCAUAUUCAUCUGCUAUAUAUUUUUGUACCCUACUGUAUCAAGACAUAUAAUUAGUUCUGAGUGACCUAACUGAAAUCACCUUUAAGCUCUGAGUGACCUAACUGAAGUCCCCUUUAAGUUCUGAGUGACCUAACUGAAGUCACCUUUAAGUUCUGAGUGACCUAACUGAAGUCCCCUUUAACCUCCGAGUGACCUAACUGAAGUCACCUUUAAGUUCUGAGUGACCUAACUGAAGUCACCUUUAAGUUCUGAGUGACCUAACUGAAGUCACCUUUAAGUUCUGAGUGACCUAACUGAAGUCCCCUUUAAGUUCUGAGUGACCUAACUGAAGUCACCUUUAAGUUCUGAGUGACCUAACUGAAGUCACCUUUAAGUUCUGAGUGACCUAACUGAAGUCACCUUUAAGUUCUGAGUGACCUAACUGAAGUCACCUUUAAGUUCUGAGUGACAAGACCAAGAUCUUAACAACGUCAUUUGAUACCUUAAAUGACGCCAAUUCACAAACCAUUGAUAACUCGUAAGAUUAUCCCAAGAUCACCCUAAUGCUUUAUUUGACCUGUUCAAGAUCACCUCAAGAACAUAAUUAACCUGUUCAAGAUCACCUCAAGACCUUAAUUAACCUGUUCAAGAUCACCUCAAGAACACAAUUAACCUGUUCAAGAUCACCUCAAGAACAUAAUUAACCUGUUCAAGAUCACCUCAAGAACAUAAUUAACCUGUUCAAGAUCACCUCAAGAACAUAAUUAACCUGUUCAACAUCACCUCAAGAACUUAAUUAACCUAUUCAAAUUCACCUCAAGAACAUAAUUAACCUGUUCAAGAUCACCUCAAGACCUUAAUUAACCUGUUCAAGAUCACCUCAAGAACACAAUUAACCUUUUCAAGAUCACCUCAAGAACAUAAUUAACCUGUUCAAGAUCACCUCAAGAACAUAAUUAACCUGUUCAAGAUCACCUCAAGACCUUAAUUAACCUGUUCAAAAUCACCUCAAGAACUUAAUUAACCUUCUCCAAAUCACCUGACCUCACUUCAGCGAGGUCACUGUCGGCCUUAUCCUAUCCACCACGAGGGCGCUGUAACACUUAACAAGGCAAUCAAGCCAUUACAACAACCAGCCUAAUUGACGACAAAAGAUGAGAGACCACGCCUUCUCUCUCCUCUGCAUUGCGGCCUUGAUGAGCGCGGCGGGAGGGUUUGCUCCCAGCAUCGACGCCCCCAUCGCCACCACGGAGCCGCCGCCCACCACCGCCCUCAACGCCGCCCUUCAGCCCACCUUCCUGGGCCGCCACAACGCCACCGUCAACGUCCACGCCGGAGACACCGCUGCCCUCAACUGUCAUGUUCUGAGGCUGGGUGACAAGACGGUGACGUGGGCGAGGCGUCGAGGAAUGGAAGAGUUUCACAUCCUCACUAUUGGAUUCCAAACUUACCAUAAUGAUCACAG